UCUGGCUGGCCGCCGUGGUGUCGCCAGCUUCGCUGGGCCGGAGCGGGCGGGCGGCCUCGUCCAUGGUGGCUGCGAGUGGCUCGGGAGGCGCUAGGCCGCGUCGCCGCCCGGCUGGGAGUCCGUCGGCCUCUGCCCCGGCGGCGCUGCAGAACACAACAACAAUUGUGCGUAUUGCAAUCUCAAGAAUUUUUUUGUAACCGAAUGGAACUUGAAGAGAUAUGAGGCCUGCUUUACUGAGACAUUCUUGGAGUUCUGUAAUUGAGUCUUUAUCCAGUGGUGACUUUAUGCAAUGGCCUCAAGCCACAGGUCUUCACCAGUGCCUCAGUCAAAGAGCAGUGAUGCUUUCUUUAAAAAGGAAGCGGAUUCUACCAAGCGCUUUCGACCAGUGCAGUCACUGCCAGAUGUUUGUCCUAAGGAACCCACAGGUGAUCCUAAUAGUCUAUGUGACAGCCCCUCUUUAGUUGCUGAUCAACACAGAUGGACUAUUUAUCAUUCCAAAGUAAAUCUCCCAGCAGCACUAAACGAUCCUCGGUUAGCAAAAAGGGAAUCUGAUUUCUUCACCAAGACAUGGGGACUGGACUUUGUAGACACUGAAGUCGUGCCUUCACUCUACCUCCCGCAGAUCAACAAGGAACACUUUGCAGCAUACCAGUUGGACAUUGUUCAGAAAGAGAAGAUUCAUGGGAAAUGCAAGACUGUUUGUCCUCCUAAAGAUACCUUUGACAGGACACCAUUACAUACUCAUGAUAAAUCCAGGACAGAACUGGAGCAAGUACCUAAGAUUUUUAUGAAGCCAGAUUUUGCCUUGGAAGAUCCCGUAAUAUUUAAUAUGGUAUUACCUUGGUCUCAUUUUAAUACUGCUGGAGGAAAAGGAAAUCGCGAUGCAGCUUCUUCAAAGCUGCUUCAGGAAAAGCUGAGCCACUAUCUGGAUAUCGUGGAAGUCAAUAUUGCUCAUCAGAUCUCCCUCCGCUCUGAAGCAUUUUUUCAUGCAAUGACCUCCCAACAUGAACUGCAAGACUACCUCAGGAAAACCUCCCAGGCUGUAAAAAUGCUUCGAGAUAAAAUAGGCCAAAUCGAUAAAGUGAUGUGUGAAGGAUCUCUUAAAGUUUUAAGACUGUCGCUGACGAGAAAUAACUGUAUAAAAGCAUAUAAUAAACUGAAGUUGAUGGCUACGGUGCAUCAAACACAACCUACUGUACAGUUGUUGCUGUCCACUUCUGAAUUUGUUGGGGCGUUGGACUUAAUAGCAACUACGCAGGAGGUGCUACAGCAGGAACUCCAAGGCAUUCACAGCUUCCGGCACCUUGGGUCACAACUUUGUGAAUUAGAAAAACUGAUAGAUAAAAUGAUGACUGCAGAGUUUUCAUCCUACGCUCACAGUGACUUAAACAGACCUCUGGAGGAUGAAUGUCAGAUUCUUGAAGAGGACAGACUUGUAUCGCUAGUGUUUGGACUUCUAAAACAAAGGAAACUGAAUUUUUUUGAGAUAUAUGGGGAUGAAAUUAUUAUUACAGCAAAGAACAUAAUUAAGCAGUGUGUGAUUAAUACAGUAUCAGAGAUGGAGGAAAUAGACACAGAAGUGGUUGUUAAACUUGCUGAUCAAAUGAGGAUGAUGAAUUUUCCCCAGUGGUUUGAUCUCCUGAAGAAUAUUUUUUCCAACUUUAUCAUCUUCCUCAAGAGAAUUAAGGCAACACUAAAUGUUAUCCGCAAUGUCGUACUCUUGGUUCUAGACAAGAACCAAAGGGGCAAAGAGCUGGUGGAAGCUUCUGUGCAGAAGAACUCUUCAAGGGAAAGUGCCGUGGACACAGAGGUGGCUUAUUUGACUCAUGAGGGCAUGUUUAUCAGUGAUGCCUUCAGUGCACGAGACCUUCCAUACACAACAACUGAUCUGGCCUCUCCAAGGAGCAUUUUCCAAGACAGUGAGCCCAGCAGCAGUGACUCUGUAUCUGAGCCUGAAUGUGCCACUGAUUCGUCAUCAAGCAAGGAGCAGCCUUCGUCGGGUAUUACACCUGCUGGAAUUGAGACCAUGAUUGGGGAGGACAUGAAACUGUCUGAACUGGAACUGGUUAGAUUAGCAAAUAACAUACAGGAGCUACUUUACAGUGCUUCAGAUAUUUGCCAUGAUCGUGCUGUCAAGUUCCUUAUGGCUAGAGCAAAAGACGGUUUCCUGGAGAAACUGAAUUCUACAGAGUUUGUUGCUCUUUCACGACUGAUGGAAACUUUCAUCUUGGACACAGAGCAUAUAUGCGGUAGGAAGAGCAUGUCACUGCGUGGUGCACUUCAGAGUCAAGCUAACAAAUUUGUAAAUAGAUUCCAUGAGGAGAGAAAAACAAAACUGAGCCUCCUGCUAGAUAAUGAGCGUUGGAAACAAGCGGAUGUUCCAGCAGAAUUUCAGGAUCUUGUUGAUUCUAUAGCAGAUGGCAAAAUUGCCUUGCCGGAAAAAAAAGCCGGAGCUCCUGAAGAAAGAAAGCCAAAUGACUUCCUUGUUGUUGAUGGUCAAAAAUAUGCUGUAGUUGGGACAGUGUUGCUGUUGAUUAGAAUCAUCCUCGAGUACUGCCAGUGUGUGGAUAACAUCCCUUCAGUGGCGACUGACAUGCUCACUCGUCUCUCUGAUUUGCUGAAGUAUUUCAACUCCAGAAGUUGUCAGCUGGUGCUGGGAGCCGGUGCUUUGCAAGUGGUUGGCUUGAAAACAAUAACCACAAAAAAUUUAGCCCUCUCAUCACGUUGCCUACAACUCAUCGUACACUACAUUCCUGCUAUCCGAGCUCACUUUGAAUCUCGCCUGCAACCCAAGCAGUUCAGCAUGCUUAGGCAUUUCGAUCACAUUACCAAGGAUUAUCAUGACCACAUCGCUGAAAUUUCAGCCAAACUUGUAGCCAUAAUGGAUAGCGUAUUUGACAAGCAGCUCUCUAAGUAUGAGGUAAAAGCCCCCGUUCCUUCCCCCUGCUUCAGAAACAUCUGUAAACAGAUGGCCAAGAUGCAUGAAGCCAUCCAUGAGCUGCUUCCUGAGGAGCAAACACAGAUGUUGUUUCUACGAAUAAAUGCAAGCUACAAGCUUCACUUGAAGAGGCAGUUAGCCCACUUAAAUGUAGUCAAUGAUGGAGGACCUCAAAAUGGAUUGGUUACAGCCGAUGUAGCUUUUUACACUGGAAAUCUUCAAGGUUUGAAAGGGCUUCAAACCCUGGACUUAAACAUGGCUGAGAUCUGGGAACAGAAGAGGUGAUAAUUGAGCAGAGCAGUGAGUUUUUCCCCCAGCAUGGGAUAGCUGCUGCUUCUCAGAAUCUGAAUAUGUGGAACCUAGAAGAGGACAUUCUCUUGACAUUUGGUGAAAACUUGGCCUAUGAGCGUCUCUGGGAGUUCUUUAGCAAGAAAAAGGAGUGAUAAGGUCUGUGGAAUUUCUUCAUGCUGUCUGGAACCAGGCUCAGGUUUCUUUGGACCAAAUCCAGAAGAAUACAUAGCUGUAACACAGCUGCCGUUGUCUAGAGAGUGCUUUGGAAGUCUUUGCAUUAAAGAAGAUGCUCUGCAUUUCCUCUAGGGCAAUGAAAUUCACAUAGUGUCUCACCUUUAUUUAAAUGAUGGUACAGUUUGGAAAUCCUUGCAAAAUUCUAUAAAGUGUUUUCACUAUAAAACGGUUCUAAAGUUAUUUUUUUACAGAUAUUUCUAUAGUCUUAAUUACCUGCAUUGAGCAAGAUGUGCUGGGGUGCAUUCUGAACUAGUUCUGGGAGCUGUUCUCUGAAGACAAGAUCUUGAAAAUAAAGCUGUAGAGAUGGGCCCCUAGUUCACCAAGGACAAGCGGUCAGCUCCUUUGGACAUGUUUUAUAAUGGGUACAGUUUCCAAACAUUUGUCAUCAGAACCCCUUGCCUAGAUUUAAUUUGCCAAUUUCUACAUAUCUCAUGCCUCCUGUUCUCUACUUUCCCACUAAAUUAAAGUUAUUUUAAAGAUGCAAGUGCAACGCUAGAUGCGGUGUGACUAACUUAUUUCAAGGGGUUUUUUAAUGCUAUAUUUCAGGCUGGUACCUGCCUGCCCUAAGUAAUAAAGUGCCUGUGUAUUUCACCUCACAGCAUUUGACCUAAACCUAGUGAGUGCCUACUCUUGUGAUGAUUAUGUACAAAUGAUACAGUGUUUGUGUGCCUCUGGUUUCGGCAGACAAGGCAUGCCUAUCUGUUAACAUUAGCAGAAAUCAUUGUCAAUCAAAAUAAAGCUGUAAAAUGAGCUGUUUAA